AUUGAAUCUUCUUAUGAAUUUUUAUUGCCUGAAUCACUUCGGAUUGUCUUCAACAUCAUCGACGAAGGAAUGUUUCGCGGUCAUGAGGAUCUUAGUGUUCAAUUGAAAACAAAGUACCUGGAACAGUUUCCAUUGGUCCGAGAUCUGACUUCUGUUUGGGCUGAGCAGUCUUGGAUCAUUCAGAUAUAUAGUAUAUAUGUCAUGCAUCUCGAGAGAGCUUUGAGAGACGUUGAAGAAGCUUUGGCAGCCGCUGGUCCCAAAGCGUCAGGUGUUACGAAAUCUCAAAAACGUUUUGCAAAGCUCAUAAUGGUGCGUUCAUCUCACACUGCACAUAUGUUGUUCUCCAUCUUACUGAGUCAAUUGGAAGAGAAUGCUGCUAAGCAGGGUGAAUGUGGAUUGGCUAUCUGUCUGUCAAAACCUUUUCAGAGGUUGCUAAAAUAUCCACUUUUAUUUCAAAACUUGUUAUAUCACACCGAUGCCUCAACGCAUGAGUACGAAAGUGCCCAUGCCAUGGCUAUCUCGAUUGAUAGUAUUGUGAGAAGUAUUGAAGACGAAAAGAUCAGUGAGGAGGAAAGGGACAAAGCGCGUGACGCCUGGUCCCGGAUCGAAGGGAUGAACGAAAAGGUAUUGAUGGUUCCCAAGAGUGAUAGACUCUUAAUGUCCGAAGAAUCAGCGCUUCCUUCUCAGACCCCGAUGUUCAAGAAAGAUCACAAAUCGACGGCAGAUCGCUUGAGAAUAUUGAAAGGUCAAAAGUCCUUUAGGAGACUAUCGGAUAUGAUUGGCUCUGAAGCCAAAGAACCAACGAUGGGAUCCAAACGGGAUGUCUGGCUAGUUGUAUUUUCGGAUGUAAUUCUUCGAUGUCAGAGAGUUGGAGUGACCAGAAUGUCAACCAGCACAUUUUCAUCAUCAUCAAAGGACAAAAAGAAAACGAGGAGAUCCUUACCAGGUCGAGAACGUAACCUUUAUAAAUUCAUCAAGAUUGAACGAUGG